CGGAGUACGGAGUACGGACUACGGAACUUCGGACGACGGACAGUAGUCGUUGCUUAUGUUUGCCGUAAAUAAUUUUUAUUAAGAAUAAAUCAGUUUAAUUAAAUAUAUAUAUAUAUAUACUCUCCACAAAAUGUCUGUUGCCGUUAAAGGAAUAUUUAUUCUGGGUGCCAAACGUACUCCAUUUGGUACGUUUGGUGGCGUUUUUCGCAACACAUCAGCAACUGAACUACAGACUUUAGCAGUAACCGCGGCCUUGAAAGAGGCAGGGGUAGCCCCAGACCAAGUUGAUUCAGUAGUUGUGGGUCAGGUUAUGAGCGCAACUCAAGCUGAUGGCAUCUAUACACCAAGGCACGCAGCACUUAAAGCCGGUAUUCCUCAAGAUCGACCAGCAUUGGGAAUUAACAGGCUUUGUGGAUCUGGUUUCCAAUCAAUCGUUAAUAGUGCGCAGGACAUCCUAACAGGAUCAGCUAAUAUAUCAAUCGCUGGUGGCGUCGAAAAUAUGUCCCAAGCUCCAUUCACCGUACGUGGGGUUAGAUUUGGGACUGUACUUGGGUCCAGCAUUGCGUUCGAAGAUUCAUUAUGGACCGGCUUAACUGACUCAUACUGUGGUCUACCCAUGGGUAUGACAGCGGAGAAAUUGGGCGCCCAGUUCGGUAUCACCAGGGAUGAGGUCGAUAACUUCGCGUUGAAGUCACAGCAGAAGUGGAAGACAGCCAACGACGCGGGCGUGUUCAAAGCUGAAAUCGAACCUGUGACUCUGACGAUAAAGAAGAAAGAAGUGAAAGUGGAAGUAGACGAACAUCCUCGUCCGCAGACCACUUUGGAGACACUUAAGAAACUACCGCCCGUGUUUAAAAAGGAAGGAUUGGUGACUGCCGGUUCAGCCUCGGGUAUUAGUGACGGUGCUGGUGCCUUGGUCUUAGCCAGUGAAGGGGCAGCUAAGAAUUUCAAACCUCUCGCUAGGCUAGUGGGGUGGUCUUUCGUUGGAGUUGACCCCAGUAUCAUGGGUUUGGGACCCGUUCCCGCUAUUGAGAACUUGCUUAAGGUCACCAAAAUGUCUCUCAAUGACGUAGACCUAAUUGAGAUCAAUGAAGCUUUCGUUGCUCAAAUCCUAUCAUGUGCCAAAGCUCUGAAGUUGGACUUUGAGAAGCUCAACGUGAAUGGAGGCGCCACUGCCCUUGGACAUCCUCUUGCCGCAUCUGGAUCAAGAAUUACUGCACAUUUAGUUCACGAGCUUAGACGUCGCGGCCUGAAGCGUGGUAUUGGAUCUGCUUGCAUCGGGGGAGGACAAGGAAUUGCUGUCAUGGUCGAAACUGUUUAAAUGUGCGAAUGGUUAUCCAACCCUUUAUUAGAAUUAUAAGUAAAAAUGUAAUUAACAAAGCAGACGGAGCAAAUAAUUUUAAACAUAACAACCUAAACACUGGCAACAUUGUUACAAAAAUAUUUGGAUUUUUUUAAAUGUUUAGGGAUAUCUGCCAGAAUCCCGUCUUAAUUCGACUGGCUGACACACAAUUUUGACAAUAUCUGUCAAAUUUAAAUUAAAUUUAAAAAGAACAUAAAAUUAUCUCUGCAUAUGGUUUAACUUUAAAGGUGUCACUUUCUUAUCAUAGAUUUUUUAAUUGUUUUUUCAAAUGGUCUUUAGCUGUAGAUUUUUAUAUCACAAUAA